AUUGAAAUAUGUAACUAACACUUAUUAUAAAAACGUGUUUAUUGAAAUCUAAGCUAAAAUUAAUAUAAAUCAAAUGUUUAACAAAUAAAAUAAACAUAUUAUUUAUAUAAUUUUAAAUUAUCUUCAAUCUUUAAUGUUUUGUGAUUAUAUUUGUGAAAUUAUAUUUUUAGUGGGGUCAAAUUUUCAUUUUUAAUGGGAUCAAUACAAAUUUUUUUAAAUAAAAAAAAUAUUUUUUAAAAAAGUAGUGGGGUCAGCUGACCCCACACCUCCUUCACUGCCUCCGCCCCUGAGAUCUGGCGUGACUCUACUCGAAGGAGGAGGCAAGAGGCCAUGUUGUGUCCCUUUCAUCGCAGAUCUGGUAGUUGGUAGGGGGUAUCGACUUGUUUUUUCAGAUCUGCAAGGUGGAGGAGCAAUGUCGUAUGGUGUCGGAGAUGUUCAGCGUCUGCCCAAAUCUGGUAUGCAUCCUUUUGGUUCAGUGACCAAUGGUUUGGUCAGAGUGGAAACCCGUAUUUACUAAGUAUUGUUUUCGGUUGUUCUUGUUUUCGCUCAAAUCUGGGUUUCGAUGUCUCUAUGCUUGGAGUUUGACAAUUGGUUUAGUAGACUUUCUUCCAAUGGUGGUGAGUGCAGUGAUUGCUUGUCGUCCGUUUCUUUUUCCGUGAGUGUGUCCGGUAAGGUUCGGUUGGUAAGGCUUCGUCUUCGUGGUGUUUUCGUUGGGCUUCUAUCUCGGAGUAAAUGGACGUUUAUGAUUACAUCGCAUCCGUAUCCGAAGGUUAGGUUGAUCGAUACAGUAUUGAUCCCUCUUGUCGGGUUAUGAAGUCUCAGGUUCUUGGACGUUAUCGUUUGGCGAGCGUAGGCUGCAGCGAUAAGUCGUGUGUGGGUGUAAGAAGUGGAGGUUAUCGUGUGUGUGGAGGGCUAUGUGCAGCAAUGGUAAAUCUCGAUCAUUGGCAUGUACUUAUUUCUAAAGUUUGAUGAGCUGAUAUGUUUCAGACUUGAGUGUAACAGUUAAUCGUUAUUCUGGGUUUAGAUGUGAUUUUAGUUUUAUGUAUUGGUUCCAUAAGUCAUUCCGGUGUGGGUUCUAGUUGCCGCUUUCAUAUGGGUUCUUGUUUCUGGGGCUGUUUCAUUAAGUCGUCAGUUUAGGUAUGAACUCUUGUAUUUUAUUUUGGAAUGAAUAUCAAACCUUUGACAGAAAAAAAAAUUAUGAUAUAGACCACUCAAAUCGUAUGACAUUGACAAAAAAAAAAAAAAACUAAAACUAAUGAGCAACCAAUCGUUUAUAAGUAGCUAAAUAAAAGAUGAAUAAAAGAGAGAAAAGGCAUGCCCUCGUAUUAAGACGAAGUGCAAUCCACUACUUGAACAUUUUGUCGAUGUUAAGAAAAUAUUGAUGUCGACCAAAGUAUGAUAUAGUUUAUUUAAUUUAAUUUUCGUUGUUGUAUGAUGUGACUUGUAAUAUUAUCUCCCAAACUGAAUACAUGCCCAAAAUGAAAUACUAAACAGAAAAGUUUUUUUUUCUUCUAUAAAUUAUUGACCAAUAACAAAGAAUAUUCUUUAAAAGAAAUAGUGGCAGAUAUACAUACAAAUACAAAAAAAUACAAUUUGGUAUUUGUAAAUAAUAUAUCCCAUGACCACACGGCGAUAUUUCCCAAAGACGGUGCUGAUGCCUGGUAUACAACAUUGUUUCUUCGUUCAGAUAUUACAUUCAACAGUUAUAAGUUUAGAGAAAGUGGUGUAUUAUAUAAGUCAAACAUCCGAUCUAGUGUGAUAAGUGAUACACUGAUACAUAUGACAAACAAUCCGCAAUAUAGACAGUUUGGAUCCAGUAUGUAGUAAUAAUUCCGAAGGGCGAAGACAGCGACAAACGGGCUGACAAAUAAAUAAUUGGGCCUACAAUGGCCUGGAAGUAGGCCCAUAUAUGGAUUUGUAACGAACGAGUUAGCGACGAGCCCUCGUUUCCCGCCGAUUAUUAUAUGAUCCUCCUCUCCGAGAGCUCCGAAACGCGGCGUUUCACUCUCCUUCUCUCUCUCUCUCUCUCUCUCUCUCUAAUCUCUAUCUACAACGCCACGGAACUCGACUUCCAAAAUCUCUACUCUGAAUCUACUAUCACUGUCUCAAGGUUAGGCAAAUCUCGGAGUGAUUUUGUUUUGUUUUGUUUUGGCCGUGUAGAAUAAAGUUGAAUGCUUUUAGCAUCUGUUUUGCAAUUAUACUCCAAUGAGGUGUUUGCAUAACCCUACAAAGAUUCUACCUUUGCUGCCUAUCACCAUCAUCAAACAUACUAAAAGUUUCCAUCUUGACAAUGGCUACCACUCUCAAUGAGCCUCAGCGAGCUUCUUACCAAGUUGUCGUCGCCGCAACCAAGGAAAUGGGCAUCGGCAAAGACGGGAAACUCCCCUGGACUCUCCCUACCGAUCUCAAGUUCUUCAAAGACUUAACGCUAACCACUUCUGACUCCACCACCAAGAAGAACGCUGUUGUAAUGGGUAGGAGAACCUGGGAGUCCAUCCCCGCAAAGCAUAGGCCUCUCUCCGGUCGCCUCAACGUCGUCUUAACUCGCUCAAGCGGGUUCGAGAUAGCCAACGCAGAGAACGUUGUAACGUGCAGAAGCCUAGAUUCUGCGCUAGAGUUGUUAGCUGGACCUCCCUAUAGUCUCUCUAUCGAAAAGGUGUUUGUGAUAGGAGGCGGCGAGGUCUUGAGGGAUUCGUUGAACGGAGCUAGAUGUGAAGCCAUCCACUUAACUGAGAUUGAUACGUGUAUUGAAUGUGAUACGUUUGUUCCCGCGGUUGACGCUUCUGCGUAUCAGCCUUGGUGUUCGUCUUUGCCAAUGUGUGAGAAUGGAGUUCGAUUUGCCUUCACCACUUAUGUUCGUGUGAAGAGUGAUGAGUCAAAGGAGGCACUUCAAGUUGAUUGGAAGAAGUUUUCUUCUCUUCUUCCUAAGAAGGUUUUUGAACGGCACGAGGAGUUUCUAUACUUGAAUCUUGUUGAUGAGAUUAUCUCUAGUGGGAACUUGAAGAACGAUAGGACAGGGACUGGUACAGUAUCUAAGUUCGGUUGCCAGAUGACGUUCAAUUUGCGAAGGAGUUUUCCACUUCUGACGACAAAGAGAGUUUUCUGGAGAGGUGUUGUUGAGGAACUUUUAUGGUUCAUAAGCGGUUCAACUAAUGCAAAGCUACUUCAAGAAAAGGGUAUCCAUAUCUGGGAUGGGAAUGCGUCAAGAGAGUAUCUUGAUGGUAUUGGACUGACUGAGAGAGAGGAAGGUGACCUUGGACCCGUUUAUGGAUUUCAAUGGAGACACUUUGGUGCUAAGUACACGGAUAUGCAUGCUGAUUACACUGGCCAAGGAUUUGAUCAGCUCUUAGAUGUAGUUAACAAGAUCAAGAACAAUCCUGAUGAUCGCCGGAUAAUAAUGUCAGCUUGGAAUCCUUCUGACCUUAAGCUGAUGGCACUUCCUCCUUGCCACAUGUUUGCACAGUUUUACGUUGCAAACGGAGAGCUCUCGUGUCAAAUGUAUCAGCGCUCAGCAGAUAUGGGUCUUGGUGUACCGUUUAACAUUGCCUCAUACUCACUUCUUACAUGCAUCCUAGCUCAUGUCUGUUAUCUUGUUCCUGGUGAUUUUAUCCAUGUGAUUGGAGAUGCUCAUGUUUACAAGAACCAUGUUAGGCCUCUACAAGAGCAACUUGAGAACCCACCAAAACCUUUUCCUGUUUUGAAGAUAAAUCCAGAGAAGAAACAUAUAGAUUCUUUUGUGGCAGCUGAUUUCGAGCUCAUUGGCUAUGAUCCUCACAAGAAAAUAGAUAUGAAAGUGGCGGUUUAGCUUGAAAAAACAGAGUUCUUCUGAAUAUUCUAGUUAAAACUUGAAUCAUUUUUGUUGGGUGAUGAUGUAGAACAUUUGGAUGAUAAGAUGUUAAAGAUGGAAUUGAUAUGUAUCCAGGCCUAAUCACAAAGUCAAUUAUUGAUAAGCAGUUGGUUUAUCUGUUUAUCCAAAAAAACUAAAGUUUUGUGUUACUUGUGGGUGACGUUUCUUUUAUUUUAAAUGUGUGAGAUUUUGUUUUUGUU